AUGGCUAGCAGUAAGGCAAACCCGGCUCGGUCUUACCUUAAGAUAGGAGCCGAGGUCGAGGCCACCAGUGUAGACCCCGGCCUACGAGGCACGCUAUUCCCCGCGACGAUAAUCGCUGGGCCAUCCGAAAGCAACAAGUUCGUGGUUGAAUACAAGAAUCUACAGGAAAACGAUGAAUCCUUGAGGGAAGAGGUUGAUAUGGCGCUCUUAAGGCCCUUCCCUCCACCAGAACACGAUUACAGUUUCGAUUUUGGGGAUGAGGUCGGUGAGGGUCCGACGUACUGGGUUUACUUUAGGUUUGCGCAGCAGCAGUUUUCGUUUCAGGCCGAGGAGCUAAGGCAUCAUCGGGAGUGGGUAGAGGGAACACCAGUGGAGGUAAGCAGUGACGAAGAUGGAUUUCAAGGUGCUUGGUUUGCUGCAACAGUUCUUGAUGCUAUAAGACAGGAAAAAUACCUCAUUGAGUACCGGAGCCUGAGAACAGAAGAUGGCACAAACUUUUUGAGAGAAGAGGUUGAUAUACAGCACAUAAGGCCGCCGCCUCCUGAAAGUGUCAUGGCUUGUGAUUUCAAUUUGAAUGAAGAAGUUGAUUACAAUGAUGGUUGGUGGGAGGGUGUGAUUUCCAGGGUUCUCAAGGGCUCAAGGUACAAAGUUUACGUCAAGGGCACGAAAGACGAAGAGGAGUUUCAGCACUCUGCCUUAAGGCCCCGCCUAGAUUGGAUAGAUGGAACUUGGGUCAGGGCUUCUCAGGCCGCCUUAAAGUAUUGAUUAAUCAAAGCUGGCUUCUGACCAUGUUAAUGGGAACCUGGUAUCCUUCCUCAGACCCGUCGCUGAUCAUAUUGCGUCCAGGGGUGUGCGUCUGAUGCCAUAGUGAAUUAGUACAGCCUGCUCGAACAAAACAAAACAGAACAAAAUGCCCUG